AGUUGUCCCUCGCCGGUGGUUUCUUUUGAGGCGACUUGACUCUAGAGCUGAGCAGGAUGGACUUCCAGGGUAAUGUAGAGUCAAAUUCCUAUGAUUAAUUUAUCUGGGAAAACAAAACUAUUCAUCUGCAGCAUAUCACUUCAAACUGGUGACGAUGCCCCUCCCUGUCUUCCUCCACUUGUGACUCGGUGCGAUUUAGUUGCAGGGUAGGUGCUUCGGUGUAAUAACUACACUUCUACAACUACUGUAUCCAGCAGCCUUAACACCUCACGUAGCACUGGCGCGAAGACUUGACCCUCACGUCGGCCUCGACACGGCCGUACAUGCGGCUUGUUGAACAACACAACGUUGGCAACAUUCAGGAUAAGGUGCUCUCGAUCAUGUUCCCAUCGCCAUCCCAAUGUUCCUCCUCUGCCGUAGUCCAAUCGCGCUGUCCAUUCGGCGUCUAAGAGGCAUCGUCCCAUCACCAGCCUCCACGCUUCCCUGCAUCCUGAAAUCACCCACGUUCCCAUGCAGCCGCAGGUGCUUUCACGUCGAGGGAAUCGCGCUGGCCCCCGUCGUCUUCGGUGGCCUGUUCGUGGCGUUGUGGACAUGGAAAUGCAUGAUGAUGGUCGUCUUCCAGAACAAGAUCAUCUAUAUGCCCGGCUUGCCACCCAACGCCAGAUGGGAGCGCAUUGACGACUACAAGAGUCGAUGCGGAGGUGUCGUGUGGCGGGAAGAGCGGAUCCGCGCAGCCGAUGGGACGGAUCUGGCCCUUUGCGUCGCUGAUGUCGAUAUUGGCCAACCGCGUCGACGGCGGCACGAAACCGGCCCGCUUGGGGAAGUCCCUCAGAGUACAGACGCGAGUUUCUAUGUGCUAUACUUUCAGGGAAACGCUUCGUCCAUUCCCCCACGCCUACCUGACCUGUCGUCAGCUCUCUGUAUGCUGAAAAGGCAGAUGCAUGGAGUGCCGACGGAUGUAAGGGUCACAGUCGCCUGUCUUAGCUACAGGGGGUAUUGGACGUCAAGGGGCCGGCCAACCGAGAAGGGAAUUCGGCUCGAUGCUGCAGCCAUCUUGAAGUGGGUUGCUCAGCACUAUGAUGAAUCCCGUGCUGCUGUGUCUCAAUCACCAAACUGUCAGUCUGCUCAGGUAAUUCUCUGGGGUCAAAGUAUCGGUUCUGGCGUUGCUACGAAUUUGGCAGCUGAGCAGUCGAUGCCUGAACGCUUGCAUCUCAACUCGUUGAUACUGGAGACACCAUUCACUUCGAUUCGCGCCAUGCUCCAAGUCCUGUACCCUCAGAAGUGGCUUCCAUACCAGUAUCUAUGGCCCUUCCUCCGUAAUCAACUUGACAGUUGGAAGAAUUUGGAGAACAUUGCAGACAAUUCCGGAGCUGAGAAGUCAGAUCCGCAUAUUUUCAUCCUCGAGGCAGCUAAAGAUGAACUAGUACCUGCCGAGCUCAGCCAGAAGCUCUACGACAGAUCCAUCGAGGUCGGGCUUACUGUUAAUAGGAAAGCUGUGAGUGGUGCUUUCCAUAACGACGUCAUGUUUAGGCCUGAAGGCAGGAAGGCAGUAUCUGGAUUCAUUGCCCAGCGAAUAGCAGCUCAUAGCAGUUCAUAGACUGGCAUAUCAAUAAAGACACACUCAAGCCCACGCAGUCGUGGGUUCUACUCGCCAAUUCCUUUACUAGCAAAACAAAUUAGGAUUAGAACACGAUUGCGUGUUAACCCAUCUUAACCUGUAAUGCCAGCUUUAGUAACUCC